CCUUUCCGGUGGCUCGCGGAAGGGGGCGCUGUCUGCGGCGUUGCAGAGGCCCCGGCUGCCUCGGCGACGAUCUCCCAGCGGGCUGUGCGGCCCGGCUCUCCGGCGGCAGCGAGUGCCACGUCCCAAGUGCUACGCGGAGGAGCCGAGCGGACGGUGCGCGGGGGGCGGAGAACACCGCGGAGCCCGGCUCGGCCACACCGAUCGCCCGCCGCCAUGGGCUCCUCGCAGAGCGUCGAGAUCCCAGGCGGGGGCACGGAAGGCUACCACGUCUUGCGGGUACAAGAAAAUUCCCCAGGACAUAGAGCCGGACUGGAACCUUUCUUUGAUUUUAUUGUUUCUAUUAACGGUUCGAGAUUAAAUAAAGACAAUGACACUCUUAAGGAUCUACUGAAAGCAAAUGUUGAAAAGCCUGUAAAAAUGCUUAUCUAUAGCAGCAAAACACUGGAGCUGCGAGAGACCUCAGUCACACCAAGUAACAUGUGGGGCGGCCAGGGCUUAUUGGGUGUGAGCAUUCGUUUCUGCAGCUUUGACGGGGCAAAUGAAAACGUGUGGCAUGUGUUGGAAGUGGAAUCAAAUUCUCCUGCAGCACUGGCAGGUCUUAGACCUCACAGUGAUUAUAUCAUUGGAGCAGAUACGGUUAUGAAUGAGUCUGAAGAUCUAUUCAGCCUUGUUGAAACACAUGAAGCAAAACCACUGAAACUUUAUGUGUACAACACAGACACUGAUAACUGUCGAGAAGUGGUUAUUACACCAAAUUCUGCAUGGGGUGGAGAAGGCAGCCUAGGAUGUGGCAUUGGAUAUGGUUAUUUGCAUCGAAUACCUACACGCCCAUUUGAAGAAGGAAAGAAAAUUUCUCUUCCAGGACAAAUGACACCUAUUACUCCUCUUAAAGAUGGAUUUACAGAGGUCCAGCUGUCCUCAGUUAAUCCCCCAGCUUUGUCACCACCAGGAACUACAGGGCUUGAACAGAGUCUGUCUGGACUUUCCAUUAGCUCAACUCCACCAGCUGUUGGUAAUGUUCUCAGUACAGGUGUACCAACAGUACCAUUAUUGCCACCAGUAAACCAGUCCCUCACUUCUGUGCCACCAAUGAACCCAGCUACUACAUUACCAGGUCUGAUGCCUUUACCAGCAGGGCUGCCUAACCUCCCCAACCUCCCCAACCUCAGCCUCAACCUCAACCUCCCGACACCACACAUCGUGCCAGGGGUUGGCUUACCAGAACUCGUGAAUCCGGGUUUGCCACCUCUUUCUUCCUUGCCUCCCCGAAACUUACCUGGCAUCGCACCUCUCCCCAUGCCAUCUGAGUUCCUCCCGUCAUUCCCUCUGGCUCGAGAGGGCUCUUCUGCAGCAAGCUCAGCAGAGCUGCUGUCCUCCCUCCCACCCACCGGCAGCCCACCCUCCGACCCUGUCACGACUACUGCAAAGGCGGACGCUGCCUCCUCACUCACUGUGGAUGUGAUGCCCCCCAGUUCCAAGGCCCCCACCACUGUCGAGGACAGAGUCAGCGACUCCGCUUCAGCCAGCGAGAAGCCUGAUCCUACAGCUAUGGAUGCAAAUGCUUCUGUGUCACCUUAACUUUGAACCGUUCUUCGGAAGUGGCGUGGUAUAUUUAUUUAACCACGGGAGCGUGUCUGGAAAUGGAAACUAUCAUUAAUUUCAUACUAGUUUGUACCGUAUCUGUAGGCAUCCUGUAAAUAAUUCUAGGGGGAAAACUAAGCAAGAGGAAAUGGGCUUGUAUCCUGCCAAGUCGGGUGGAGUUCACAGGCCAGGGAGGGAAAUGUCAGAAAGUGCUUGUGUUUUAAACAACCAAAAAGAAUUGUGAGGGCGGCUUGCUGCCAGGCCUCCACUGCCGUUCUUGGGGGUGUACAUCUUUGGGAAAGGUGGCGGCGGGGCAUCUACUGGGUUCCCUGUCCCCCUGCUGCUCCUUCUGUAAGAAAAUGACUAUUUUAUGCCUAGUACUCACAUGCAACAUUUCUUGUACUUUGUAAAUCGUUUGCGAGAAUGCAGACCACCUCACCAAAUUGUAAAAGGAAAAGAUAUUUUACUUUUGGUCUCCGUGAGUCACAUCUCUAUUAAGGUUUACACAAAAAUUCCAACUGAAGAUGUUUGUUAAAGUUACACAACGUGCACUAUUAAUUGAACAUCUUUUUAUUCAGCCUAUACACAGAUCCUUGUUUUGAGCUCUCAAAAUUAUUCAGACAACAUUUUGUAACUGCUGCUGUUGCUUUAUACGUCCACCAUAAAAUGGCAUUUAAAAAGAAAUAAAGGAGAUGUCUCACAGUUUUAAACCAGAAGGUGGCACUUUGUGGCUAUAUAUAAUACUAUUGCUAUACUAGGAAAGCAUAGACACAGCAAUAAAUGACAGUCAUUUCACUUUU